AGCAUCUCGUAUGCAAAUGAGGCAUCGUUCUCAAGUAGGAACUAUCCCUGCUUUGCGUGAUAAUAACAAUGUAGUACAAUGUAGUUUCUCGGACUAGCUGCUUACGAGGCGAAUUUAGUACCGUGCGACACAAUGCAUAAAUCUACAGCCAAUUUAUCACGGAGGGCAUUUUAUUAAUGUGAGAACUGUCUAGAUCGUUUUACAAAUCUGGUUUUGCCGUCGAGUUCGUGUGUAUUCUUGCGUGCAAUAUGGCUGAUUUAAGGGCUACAAUAAUUGGAACGCUUUUGUGCGUAUUCACCGUGGUUUACGGGUGCCCAAGCGACUGCAAAUGCACAAAUUUAUCACAGAAUUCUACUAUUGUACGCUGUACCGGGAAAGAUUUGGCCGGCGACUUUCCCGCUUCAACGUCAAAUCUAUUGCUACUGAAUGACAAAAUUAGCAGCGUUCCAUGGGAUCGCAUUCGUUCUUUAGAACGACUAAAAUAUUUAAAUUUAGACGAGCUUUCAGUGCCGUGCGACUGUAGUUAUCAUGAAUACUGGAGUGCGCUUGUGCGUAAUGGAAAAGUCAAUGUAUCAGGCGUGUGUGCUUCUCCUGAGUCCCUCGCGGGCGUGAGGCUGUCCACAGCGGGAGAUAGGAUAACCACGUGUAAAAAUUCGGUGCAUUCUAAACCCAGUCCAUCUCGGCCAAGCCUCAACAUAGCGCCAUCAUCCACCUUAACUCCAUCGACCGCUGGCCAUACCAUUGAUAUUCGUUCAACGGAUCAUGUUCAUUCGCGUGCUCAGGAAGAACAAAUACCAACAUUAUCUACACUAAAAACAACCGCAACAUCCACGUCAACCACAAAAUAUAUACCUCCACCUCCUUCUCCUCCUACAACAACAACAACAACAACACCCGAGACAACAGCACCUAGGACAACAACACCCGAGACAACAACACCCGAGACAACAACACCUAGGACAACAACACCCGUGACAACAACACCUAGGACAACAACACCCGAGACAACAACACCCGAGACAACAACACCUAGGACAACAACACCCGAGACAACAACACCCAAGAAAACGACUGCAGCUAAAAAAGCACCAUUACCUGUCACUCAUGCGACCACGUCACAUGCUCCCAGCACUACAGAAAAUCCAACCACUGCUCGGCCGGCAACAACAAAAGCCCCAGGAGCAGCUCGUGUAAGCCUGAGCCUGCUGACACCAGAUCCACCAAUCGGGUCGCUAGCCUGGGUCUUUUGCAAGGUCAGCGGUCACCCCUCACCCGAAGUCGUCAUGAUGCUUAAUGGGCAGCCUGUGGAUAUGUUAGAGGGCGUGACAUACAACCGUCAAUCAAACGGAGUGGAUUUGAAAUUCGUGGUGAUGUAUGACUCCGAGGUGACGUGUAAGGCCGUGAAUGGACUGGGACGAGACCGGACCGUCAUGAGAGUCAGCAUUGACCAGUCGAGUAUAGCGUAUUUACUGAUUCAAAUGCGCCUUAUCAAUGAGGUUUACACACCCAGACUCAAAGACCGCACCUCGAAUGAAUUCACUUCAUUGGAGAGAAAGAUAUCUGAUGCGUUUGCCUUGACAUUUAGUGAGUUCGUCGGUUACUACGGGAUAAGUCUCGCUACUGUGGGGUCCGGCUCAGUGAUCGCUGAUGUGCUCGUGAAGACUGCGAACGCCUCGGAAGCCGCCGUGAGAAAGAGGAUCGAGCAAGAAGUUGUGGACGCCAAGCUAGGCCCUCUGGCUGUCGAUCGGUACUUCUACUCAUUCCGGACAUCAACAGCGUGUCAAGGGGAAUAUCUUAACACCACGUGGCCUGACGUCAUCCCUGGGCAGACUGCAGGCGCCGAGUGUCCAAGAGGAGCCAAAGGUAUUGCCCGUCGCAUCUGCACGUCUGACGGCUCUUGGUAUUACCCUGAUUUCUCACAGUGUCAGAGUGACCCGUUUAUUGAGCUCAGCAAGCAGAUGAAAGAUGCGACAGCAGAGGAGGACUCCCCUCAUAUGGUUGCCAUGGUGCUAGUGAACGCUACACGCAUGACCGUUAGCAACGAAGACCACGCCCUCAUGGCGGGUAACGCCCACUUAGUUGCCGGGGUCCUAGAAAUGCUUGUGCGGUACACCAAAGAGAAGAGAGACGACAUUGCGCUUAAUGAGGACGAGGCUAGGGAGGUCAUUCGCAUCGCGAGCAACCUUAUCAACAAGAAUAACGAGCAAGAACUUAUUGUAGCGCAGAAGAUGAUCCAGACAGCGUCACUCUUGCUGCAUUCGCUGGACGAGUAUGGCCUUCAGUCAGCGGUAGCCAUCACAAGUUGGACAGAAAGUCUAACCUUCAUCAUAGAGGAGAAUGUGGUGAUGGGUGCAGGGGUCGUCCACCCCGCAAAUAUCACAAAAGACAUCACAUUCCCUGACUAUGACGUCAAGGAGUUGGACGAGGUGCGAAGACAAUGGAAAUAUGCAAGCUUCUUGGUCAUCGACGAGGUGGUGCUGAGGGAGAUGAAGGAUGUCAAAAGGAUCAAAGUGGCCGGAUUCAUGUACAAGACUCUGACGAGAAUUCUAUCAGCUGAGAGCGCGUACAGCGAAGUGGGCCACGGCUUCGAGCUUAAUUCAGCGGUGAUCGCCAUGGGCAUGGAUCCUAAGCCCAAGGAGAAAUUCUCGGAACCCGUCAUUAUCGCGUCGCGGAAUCUGGACAGUGUGGAGGUUGACGGAGAACAGCCAAUAUGUGCGUUUUGGGAUUUUAAUCUGAAUCCUCCCCAUGGGGGGUGGAGUGAGGAGGGCUGUUGGUACACACACUACAACACGGAGAACACCACGUGUCUGUGUGACCACGUGACUAACUUUGCAGUGCUACGCGAGAAGCCUGUGGUGAUGACAGGCGCACUUACGGGUAAGCCCAUCGAGCCCCCCUUCCUGCUCUGUAUUCUGAUUGGCUGUAUCGUCAUGGUGUGCUUCUGCGCAAUCACCCUGUUUCUUCUGAUCCUCGCCGCGUGGAGAAUGAAGCCAGACCGCACAUGGGGGAUGCACAUGUUUAUCUGCGCAACUCUCAUCACCGCCUUCGCGCUUAUUAUCGUUGGUCUCUACACCUACAACGACAUCGAGUUCUGCAAUCUGCUGUCAGUACUUGUCCACUAUUUCUACCUCUGUGCCUUUACGUGGAUUCUGUCGGAAGCUGUGUACAUGCAUAUAUGGAGUUCUCACAACGGUCCAAAGAAGCGUUACUGGAUCGGCUACAUAUUCCUCGGCUUUGCUGUUCCAGUCAUACCAAUGGCAGUCACGUGGGUUCUGGUCGGAAUCAACAGGUUCGACAGCCCGUGGAGCUGUUGGAUGACCCUUUUCCCUGGUUAUUUGGUUUGGGUGUUCUUCGGGCCAGCAAUCUUCAUAACUUUGAUCGCAAUGUUGGUUUUCCGCGGAGUGUGGAAAGUCGCCACAGGUCCGCUCAGAGUACCGCUCAAAACAACUUACUGGAGAACACGUUUUCGAGUACAUGUCCGUUACUCUAUCGCGAUCUUGAUCAUGCUGUUGAUCACGUGGUUAAUGGGGCUACUCGUCGUCACGUUUUUCCAAAAGGUCACGUGGCUCAUCGGUCUUAUCAUGUGUAUUCUAUUUGUGCUUUGCUGCGCCGUUACCGGCUUACUCAUUCUAGUUUUCUACUGCAUCAUGGACAGACAGUUUGACGAUGCUAUUCGGGAGUGCUGUUGUUUGUGUUGCCGCGGACGACGUGGAAAAUACUGGGUCAAAGGUGACGAUUACUGGGAACGAGAGCAACCGGAAGAGCAACCACAGGAGGAAGCCGAGGAGCUAAUCGCCCCAGAGCCCGACGUUCACGAAAUAGCGAGGAAGCCUGUAGAAGAGCCUCUUAUUAAACUAGAAUCCAGGCCCCCUAUAGACACGUCCCAGGACUCGAUAGACGAUCCGCUGUACGAGCGCGUCAGAAGGCCUGGGGAAGAGACUCCUGUUGAGCCUUUAGAGGAAGAACCGGUUGAACCGGUUUACGCCAAGGUUAACAAGCAUCGGCCGGAGCCUGAGGACGAGGUCGACCCCUUCCCUAUCGCGAGACCAGGUUCCCCUCGAUUCCUGCGUGGACUCACGCGCGAGGAGGUCAUCCGGAUGGCCAAAAAGUCGGACGCAUCCAAACGUCACUUGCGCGAUUACGAGAGCCCUAAGGGAAGUCGUGAUGACGUCAGCGAGCACCCGACUUACAUGCUGAACCAGCAGGAGCUAGAUGAGGAGUUGCGUCACUUCCGGUCCUUCUUCGCUGAGCAGAAAAAGCUCCAUGGUGACGAGCCCCCGCCUACCAGUACCCCUAGGGGUACUCCCCUCGGGACGCCGUUACCGCGGACAACCAGCCGCUCUUCAAGUACGUCGUCAGUGAAAGCGAAACGCGUCGUCAAGAAAAAGAGACGUUCGCACUCGAGUACCGCCUCGUCUGAUGGGAAGCCAUCCAGGGAUGAGACCACAGAAGAGCACGUGUUUGAAUUCGAAUCGCACACGAGCGAGGAGACCCACGUGACGACAAGACAAGAACCAACGGCAGAAGAAGAAGAGGAAAAAUCCCCACCCCUUCCCCCACGCUCGCCGGAGUUGUUAGCAGAAUUGGAGUCCAGCUCCCGUGAUGCAACGCGGGAGCAGGAGAAAGAGUUUGUUAAAGAUGAUGAUGAUGAUGACAGCUUGACAGAUGUCUCGUUAGAUAAUUUAGACAGCGAUGAUGAUGACAGAGGCAUAGACGGGUCACGUCCGACAGCAGUGUAAUGAGCCGUAACCAACGUAAAAGAGGGCGUGGCUAGCACGUGGUUCAGUCAUCACUUGGGGUACCCCUUCCCUAGCACUCAGCGGAGUAUGAGUUGACCAGUUAUAGAAACUCCACCAUUUACAAGUGGACUCAGUAGACAAGAUAAGGCUUGUUCUUUCUCGUGAGGAACAUCUACCUUCGUGUGGAAUCUGAGGGAAUUCUACCUUGAGUGAACUAUUGAAGAGUUAUGCCUUCUUCUUAUAAGAUGGCUCUAAAUCCAAGGGGAAAGGGUUACGCUACAAUGACGGACCGAGGGGAAUAUUGUUGUGUUCCCGACCCCGAAUUCUAUACCCCAAACGUUUCUGUCCUCUAACUAAGAGUUAUCUUUCUAAUGCAAAGUCGUGAACCCCAAAAAAUAAAAAAAAUUACCUCAUUCAAAAAUUGGUCGGACCACUCCCCGUCAUACAAAUAUAAAAGAACCCCCACCCCCUGGGAGUUUGUUCUUGAUCUAGGCCCUAGGACGAUAUGGUAACCAAGGGCUGUGUGAAAAAUCUACUGGUUCUCGAAUAGACGUUAUGUUAGAAUAUUUAAAAUAAAUUUUAUGUAGUAUUAGAUACAAUUUAUAUAAUUUAUAGCCAGGUGAGGAAGGUUCAAAGUAUAGCUAAAAGUAUACUAAAUCAUAGUAAUUGUGAUGUUUUUGACUUUUGCGUCGAAGUUUUUAUGAAUUCAGCUCGCUCCUGGACAUAACUUGACUGUAAGUGGACAGCUGCAGGUGAUCCACAAAUAUUUGCAAAGGCUUUGUCCUUUCUUAGUUUAUUUCAGGAGAAUGAAUAUUUGCGAUAUACGGCUUUUCAUCCUUACUUGAUAUAGUUUAAGCCUAGAUAAACGGCGUAUUAAUAUUUGUAAGUCUAAGGCUUCGUCCUUACCAAGUUGAGCUUAGAGUCGCAUUUUCGUAGUUCGGAGGAUAUUGCGACGUUAGCACACCGUAAUUGAAUUAAUGAGAAGCUGGACCCCACAUUUACUGUGGAAUCGGUCAAAUCUCAACUGAAGACUCGCCGUUUAAUCUAGGCUUUAGAAAUAAAGGAUAAUUAUUAGUUAGGAACUCAACAAGUUUUGUCAAUUAACAUUAAACAUAAAUAAUAUACCUCAUACAUAAUCCAAAAGUAAUACAGAAAUCUAGAGUAAAUAUAUUACAGUUCGUA